AUGUACUUUCCGAUUCCCUAGCACGGUUAUAAAGAUCCAAUUCACAUCUUUAUACCAUAAAGAGGAAGCAAAAGAGGAAGCCUCAUCGCCUCCCCUUCGGCCACUUUACCCUCAAAUAUCGCCUCUGAAGAUCCACAUCCCGGAGCCGGAUCUCCGGAGUGUGGUCAGUCCCCUCCCGUCCCCCACAGGCACUAUCAGUGUUCCCAACUCUUGCCCGGCCAGUCCACGUGGUGCUGGAUCCUCAGGAUAUCGUUUUGUUCACAACAUUACCUCAGAUCUGCAGCUGGCAGCAGAGUAUGCCGCAAAAGCAGCAUCAGAACAGCAGGCAGAUGCAUCUGGCGGGGACAGCCCAAAGGAUGAGUCCAAGCCACCUUAUUCUUAUGCUCAGCUAAUUGUACAGGCUAUAUCUUCAGCACAGGACAGGCAAUUAACACUAAGUGGGAUCUAUGCCCACAUUACCAAGCAUUAUCCAUAUUACAGGACUGCUGACAAAGGCUGGCAGAAUUCCAUUCGGCACAACCUCUCCUUGAACCGUUACUUUAUUAAAGUCCCACGCUCCCAGGAGGAGCCUGGAAAGGGCUCCUUUUGGCGAAUUGACCCUGCCUCUGAAGCCAAACUAGUAGAGCAAGCAUUUAGAAAACGAAGGCAAAGAGGAGUGUCCUGCUUCCGAACACCUUUUGGGCCUCUCUCCUCCAGGAGUGCUCCUGCCUCCCCGACUCACCCUGGCCUGCUGUCCCCUCACUCUAGUGGCCUACAGACGCCAGAGUGCCUAUCACGGGAGGGCUCACCCAUUCCACACGAUCAUGACUUUGGGUCAAAGUUAGCCUCUGUUCCAGAGUAUCGGUAUUCACAGAGUGCACCUGGAUCUCCAGUCAGUGCCCAGCCAGUGAUUAUGGCUGUUCCUCCCCGACCAUCUACUCUGGUGGCAAAACCAGUCGCAUACAUGCCAGCAUCAAUAGUGACUUCUCAACAGCCUUCGUGUCAUGCCAUUCACGUAGUUCAACAAGCUCCCACUGUUACAAUGGUCCGAGUUGUUACCUCCUCUGCAAACUCUGCAAACGGAUACAUCCUCACAAAUCAGGGCACAGCAGGAGGAGCUCAUGAAGCCGCGGGAGCAGUAUUGGACUUAGCUGGUGACCACCGAGGCAUGGAUGAAAAGCCAACAAUCGCUUUUGCCACGAUACCUACAGCCAGCCGUGUUAUUCAGACAGUCGCCAGUCAAAUGGCACAGGCUGUUCCAGGACAGACAGUCACGAUCCUUCAGCAGGCAGCUCCAGUGACCAUUGGACAGCAUCAGCUCCCCGUGCGGGCCGUCACUCAGAACGGGAAACAUGCCGUCCCCACCAACAGCAUCACCAGCAGCACUUACGCUCUUACAAAUCCAUUGCAGCUUCUUGCGGCCCAGGCCAGCUCGUCCACUCCUGUUGUAGUCAGCCGGGUAUGUGAGCCAGGGACCGAAGAGACAGCGGCAGCCUCUUCCAGUGAACCUGAAGUCAAAAGACCCCGAAUAGAAGAGUCCAGUGGAGCAGUCCCAGCCCAAACUGGAGUCAUCACAUCUACAGUGCCACAAGGACAGGCAACCAGUGAAUGAAGAACCGGUGGGAGGAGCUGGAGUGAUGUGGGGUGGGCAAGGGAUGGCAGGAGCCCAUAAAGCAGCUUUCAAAGAAAACAAACCACAACUGUAACAGCUCAAAACAUAGUGAAUAAAGAGCUCUUUUUCAAGUCAGAUUUUUAAAUGGGAGGUCAACAGCUGUUAGAAUCACAAGGUGCCAAAAAGAAUGGAAAACCCCUCCCAAGAACCCAUACCUGGAACUCUGUUCUGUCUUUACCUAUGGGAUAUUUUUUCCUUUUUUUAAAAAAAAUAUUCAAAAAAAAAUACAGACAACUGAUUGUAUGACUUCUGGGAUUUUUUUUAACUAUCUUCUCCCCUUUUGGCUCCAAGGGGAUGGGAUUUGCAGUUCAGCAUCUAAAGGAAUGUAACACAAACACAGUCUAUUCCAUGGAA